CAUCGAUGGAUGUUGUAUGCAGCGGAGUUGUUCUUCUCAUGAUACUGGCUAUUGCACCAGUUGCAAUAGCAGCAAAGGAGUCUGCUGUGAAUUUAUUGGAAGCUGAGGCACUGCUCAAGAGCGGCUGGUGGCGAGGCAGUACUGCUGCAACAAACAUUUCUGCCUACUGCCAGUGGCCUGGUAUCAUUUGCAACGAUGCUGGUAGUGUUACCGAAAUACUACUUCCGGGCUACGGAAUUCAAGAUGACUUGACAAAUUUCAGCUUCUCUUCUUUUCCGAACCUGGUUAGACUAGAUCUCAGUCGCAACGAACUUCACGGAGCCAUCCCACAUCAAAUAGGUGCACUCUCCAAACUCGUCUAUUUCAAUUUGUCUUUAAACUCUCCAAACUAUUUUCGAGGUGAGCUUCCUUCUUCUCUAGUAAACCUUACGCAACUAGCACAUCUCGAUAUUUCUUGGAAUUCGAUUGAAAGCUUAAUUCCUCCGGGGAUCGGAAACUUGACAAACUUGAUCACUCUAGACUUGAGCCAAAAUUUGUUUUUUGGUCCAAUCCCUCCAACUCUUGGCCACUUGUCCAAAUUAGCCUCUCUCGAUCUCAAUGGCAAUGGACUUGAGGAAGACAUCCCACAUCAAAUAGGUACACUUUUCAAACUCGCCUAUCUCAAUUUGUCGAAUAAUUUUAUCGAAGGCUUUAUUCCCUCCUCCAUCGCAAACUUGACAAAUUUGAUUACUCUAGACUUGAACAACAAUUCUUUUUUUGGUCCCAUCCCAUCCAUCCUUGGCCAAUUGUCCAAUCUAGAUUUCCUGAACCUCAAUAUGAACCACUUUAGUGGGAUAAUUCCUCCAACACUUUUUAAUUUGACAAAGCUUUCCCGGCUAUACAUUGGCAGGAAUCCUGCAAUGAGAGGACUUCUCCCAGAAGAAAUAGGAAAUUUGAAGAUUUUACUUGAAUUAGACUUGAGUUACAGUGGAUUUUCUGGCAGCAUCCCUCCAACACUUGGCCAGUUGUCUAAUAUACGUUCCCUUGACCUCAGCAAUAACCACUUCAGUGGGACAAUUCCUUCGUCUCUUUUUAAUUUGACAAAUCUUUCCCAACUAGACAUUCAUUCGAAUCCCGCAAUGGAAGGAUUUCUCUCAAAAGAAAUAGGAAAUUUGAAGAGUUUAGUUGAAUUAGACUUCAGUGGCCUUAAUCUUUCAGGUGCCUUUACUUCAGCUCUUUGCCGCCUAACCAAACUAGUAUCUCUUUCAGAUUGA